GAAAAAGUGUAUUUAAGCUAAAGUGUAGCGUCUUUAGUCUUACCUUUCAUUCGCUAUAAAUACAAAAACCCUAAAACCCCGAACGAAACCCUAGACGUAUUCGGUUGCAGGCAUCAGAGCGCAUUCUUCCCCGGCGAGUGUUAUCAGUUGUAUAAGUUUGCCCAAAGCCAAAAUGUAUCUCCAGUUUUACAUAAAUGAUAACGGUGACAAAGUUUACACCACCAAGAAAGAAUCACCCGUUGGUUUGGCCACACAAUCAGCUCAUCCUGCUCGGUUUUCCCCUGAUGACAAGUUCUCAAGGCAGAGAGUUUUGUUGAAGAAGCGUUUUGGAUUGCUGCCUACCCAAAAACCAGCAAGGAAGUAUUGAGAAAUUGCUACUUUCAUUGUUUUGUUUAAUGUGUGUUAGCUUAAUUAAUUACUACAACUUGUUAGUAGUACCUGUGGCUGUUUCUUAAUGACAAAUUGUUUGAUUUGGGAUGUGUUUAUCUUUAAGGGGUCAAAUAUGUAAAAUCAAAACAUUUAGCCAAAAAGGAAUUGAGAGAGUCUGCUGAAAA